AUGCUUUUUGACCCUGCUAUUGAGGUCCGAUAUAUGUCAGCAACGGAGCAGCCCCUCUCACCAACGCCUCUUCACCUCUUCCGAUGUCAUACAUCUCCCAUAACUGCACUCGCCUGGUCCGACGACAAUGAAAGGAUCUACUCCGCAGAUGCCUCUGGGAAAGUCGUCGUAACAUCCACACGUACUCUACGUGCGAUAACUUCCUGGAGCGCUCACAACGACUCGAUUCUUGGGGUCGAAGAGUGGGAUGAACAGAUCGUAACACAUGGUCGGGACAACAAGAUACACGUGUGGCAGAGGAUAACAGAACUCCCUUCUUCUGCUCGCAUUGGGGGUUCUGCGACUUUGUCUGAUAUGCAGACGCCGCCAUUGUGCUAUUCAAUGGAUGUCAAUGCGCUCAAUUUCUGCCGCUUCUCGUUGUUGAAAAUGUCCCCAAGCCCCGAAGACAAGACUCCAAAGGCACUGCUUGCUUUACCUAAUCUCGUCGACUCGACUACAGUUGACGUUUGGUCGCUGCCUCCUCAAGAGCGAGUUCAUGCUGCUAUCGGCCAGGAAAUCAAGAAAUCUAUAUUCUCUGAAAAUCCUGGUGGAAGGAACAAUUCAGGCAUUAUCAUGUCGCUAUCCCUUUAUCAUCAGCCUAUCGACCCGUCCUCAUCCUCUAUACAUGGAAGACUACGCGUUCUGGUCGCGUAUGAAAACGGAAGCGUGGUAUUGCGAGAGUAUACCCGCACUGCGAAGGCAGCUUCGAUUGAAGGUGAAGGCUGGGAUGUAGUAUGGUCCGCAAAAUUGCACAACGAGUCUAUCAUGGCUAUGCGUGUAUCUCGGGCCAACACGUUUGCGCUGACCAUUUCUGCAGACCACAUCGUCGGGUUCUACGAUCUUACAACAGAUCUCCCAUUGGAGAACCAUGGUAUGCCGCAUCGUAUGAAACAUCCUGGAAAUGCCUCGGUUGCGAUUCGGGAUGAUGGGAAAAUCUGCGCAGUUGGAGGCUGGGAUGGAAGAAUCCGAUUAUUCUCCACCAAGUCAUUCAAGCCGCUUGGGACGUUGAAGUACCACAGAGCUCAUUGCCAAUGCAUAGAAUUUGCUAGAGAACAAGGAGGUGUAACUGCUGGAGGCCCAGACGAGGAUGAUGACGAGGAAGACAUGUCGCCUGAAGAAAAAGAAGAGAGGUGUAGAUGGUUGGCGGUUGGAGCCAAAGACAACCGCAUCUCAAUAUGGUCUCUUAUAAGCUUCGCGAAAUGA